CACCUUUCAAAGAAAGUAGGGGCAUCUGAGGUAGAGGGUUUGCUACCUCCAGCUAGAGCUCAGUGUGUUCUUAGUCCCCUUCGACGCCGCAGGAAUCAACGCCGUGACACGGCCAAAGUUAGUACCAUGGAGAGCUCAGGGAUACUGAUCGGGCUACUGUGCAUCAGCCUUGUGUCCGUCAUGUGUAGCGGACAAUCGCGGGAAGUGUCCGCAGAGGAUUUCGACGCGAAGAAAUCUCCUGAUUCCACUGAGAAAGACCUCCUGGAAGCGAUGGAGGAGCUGCUGGUAAAGUUUCAGAGCAGACCGUCCACGGAGAAGAGAGGAAGCAUCCCGCUGUGUGGCGUAGGGGACCGUUGUGCUGUGAGACUGGGGCCACGCAUCGGAAAGCUGUGUGACUGCGCAGGGAGACGCAACUGUAACUCCUUCCUCCUCAAGUGCCUGUAGACCCAUUUCUUCCUCUCUCUUGCACGAAUUCCGCCACAACUAGAGGCAGAGCGAAUUAUUUCUGGCCUGGCUGAAUAUAACCAUUUGUCUUUUAUCAAAACAGCAUCACCCCAAGAGCUUCCCAAGUUCCACGAUUUUAGAUGUAAUGAACGCCUCAUACUGUAUGUACCUUUUAAAAAAACAUAAUGAUGUUCUUGUUUUUCUGUUUUUUUGGCCUCUCUUGAAUAUUCAAAUGAAUAAACUCAAGCUGUGUGUUUUGCUUGGAUAUUAUUUAUGUAUGCAUUGUUUGGAAAAUAAAUAAAUGUAUUGUUCACCACCCUAAACAAUUUAGACUUUUUUUAAAGGUGACAAACAGAUAUAGACUUAAACUCAACAACCAAAGGGGACAAACAGAGAGACAUGGAUAGACAUGUACCUGACACAGACUAAUGAGGAGAAGAGGUUGAUCUUGUUAUUAUGAAGGGUAUGAGAUUUACUUUUGUAAAUUAAUAUCGAUGAUCAUCAUUUGUUUUUCUCAAUGGCUUUGGCCCAAUUGUGGAAUGACAGUUAAAAUUCUCAAAACAACAUAUGAAAACCACCACACAUUAACAUCACUGGUUCACAGCAGAACGCAAUUUCUCAAUGCUUUCUACAAAUCGCAAAUGUGAAGCACAUUUAUGCAAAUUAUUAAGUGCGAUUGUCUACAAUUGACCCAAAUAUAAAUCAAAUAGUUCUUGCUGAUCAGAAUAGAUUAUGUUGUUUGAUGUUGAAUAGUUUUACUCCCAAACACAUCUGUGUAGCUACUCUUUGUGUAUGUCACCAUGUGCAAAAUGGUCAUAAUAUGUCAAGUAGAUAUUCCCUAAAUGUGAAUAACAUGGUAUUGAUGUAAUGUCAGCUGUCACCUUGUCACACUAUCAAUUAAAUGUAUUCUCAAUAAGUAAGAUUGUUGUCCAAUCUCUUACAAGUGUUCAUGCUCUUCCAGGGUGCACUGUCCGAAUGACUAUAUGACUAAGCAUUAUGACUGUCUUGAUUUUAAACAAUGAUAAAGGGACUAUUCAUUUUGAUGACACUGACUAAUUCAUUUAAACAAUGAUUUAAUUUGAGACAUGAGUUAAAGAUUUUGAAAGUGGUUCUUUUGGAGGUGAACCAUAAUGUUUUGCUGUAUGCAUAAACUAUUUAGGCGAAUGCUCCUUUAGUUAAGAGAACAUAAAAAAUGUUGCAGGAAAUGGGCCAAAGCGAUUGAGAAAAACGAAUAUCAUUGAUAAUAUCAAUAAUAUCCUAUACUGAGAGCAAGUUGCAGAGAUAUCUGCUGAGGAGGGGAAGGGGUGUGGUGAAUUGUAUUAGUUUUAUGAUGUCCUUGAUUUAGAUACAACAACCACUAUGUACUUUUUGUAUAAUGUUUUUAUUUUAUGUUUCUGUUUCUGUUUCUAGGCCUCUCUAACAUUCAAAGGAAUAAACUCAAACUGUGUGUUUUGCAUAGAUAUGAAUUAUGCAUGUAUCGUUUGCAAAAAUAAAUAAAUAUAAUGUUCUCUA